AGUCGAACAUAACCAAACAUAACCAAAACAAGAAUGGUGAGCAUGAAGAGGAUAACCUCGCGUUAGUUCCACGAUCACUUCGAACAUUAUCAUUUAAUAAUUGACAAUAAGUCAUUAAAAAUGGGUGGGAAUCUGCCGAAACCCGUUUAUUGGGCAAGUGGAGUGGCAACAUGUAUGGCAGCAGGUUGCAUAAUAAAAGACUUUAUCGGGGGCAAAGAAUAUCUAGGAAACGAGAAAUUGACAGAUAAAGUUGUCAUAGUGACCGGUGCCAAUACAGGAAUUGGAAAGGAAGUGACACGAGCGAUGGCUAAGCGAGGAGCCAAAGUUGUCAUGGCAUGUAGAGAUUUAUUCAAGUGCGAAUCGACACGCCAAGAGAUCGUUUUAGAAACCAGAAAUAAAUAUGUGUACUGCAGACCCUGCGAUCUAGCUUCGCAAAACAGCAUUCGUGAAUUCGUUAAAAUAUUCAAAAAAGAACACGAUAAGCUCCACAUUUUAAUCAACAACGCUGGAGUGAUGAGAUGUCCGAAGAGUCUAACUGCAGAUGGAAUCGAGAUGCAAUUGGGAGUCAAUCAUAUCGGACACUUUCUCUUAACUAAUUUAUUGUUAGAUACUCUCAAAUCAUCAGCUCCUGCGAGGGUAGUUAACGUGUCCAGUGUUGCUCACUCUCGAGGAAAAAUCAAUGUCAACGAUCUUAACAGCAAUGAGGAUUAUGAUUCUGCGGCUGCUUACGCACAGAGUAAAUUGGCUAAUGUGUUAUUCACGAAGGAGCUUGCGAAGAGAUUAAAAGGGACUGGAGUAACAGUUAAUGCAGUUCACCCAGGAAUCGUUGACACUGAAUUAAUGCGCCACAUGUCCUUCACCAAUAGUUUCAUUGCUUCGAUAACUAUAAAGCCUUUCUUUUGGCUAUUCCUUAAAACUCCGAAGCAAGGAGCAUCAACUGUUUUAUACACAGCAUUGGAUCCAUCAUUAGAUGAUAUUACAGGAGCAUAUUUCAGUAACUGCAAACAAACAGAAGAAUCUGAAAACGCAAAGGACGAAAAGAUGGCGGCUUGGUUGUGGCAGACCAGUGCAAAAUGGACGAAGCUCAAUACGACCUAGUGAACAAAUUGUAUUUACUGAAGUUGAGAAAUUUAUCGAGUGUUGUAAUUUUAAAUACAUAAAUAUUGAAUU